CAAAUAGAGCCCAAAACGACCUGCAACUCAUCACUGCCUUGCUUGACAAGACGGGGAAGAAGAAUGCUCGCUCAGUAGCAUAAAUUACAGUAACAAAGAACAUUCUUCAAUAUUAUCCUACGGCGAAGAAAAUUUGCUUUGCUUAGCUUUAUCUUCUCUUCAUUAGGGUUUAAGAUUUGGUUUAUCGAAAAUGUUCCUCACCAGGACUGAGUACGAUAGAGGGGUCAACACUUUCUCCCCUGAAGGUCGGCUGUUUCAAGUCGAGUACGCCAUUGAAGCUAUCAAGUUGGGUUCAACUGCAAUUGGAAUAAAGACCAAGGAGGGCGUAGUUCUUGCUGUCGAAAAGCGCAUUACCUCACCGCUUUUGGAACCUAGUAGUGUGGAGAAAAUUAUGGAGAUUGAUGAUCAUAUAGGGUGUGCUAUGAGUGGCCUAAUUGCUGAUGCCCGCACAUUGGUUGAACAUGCACGAGUAGAGACCCAGAAUCAUAGGUUUUCAUAUGGUGAGCCCAUGACUGUUGAGUCCACUACUCAAGCUCUGUGUGAUCUAGCCUUGCGCUUUGGUGAGGGGGAUGAGGAAUCAAUGUCGAGACCUUUUGGCGUAUCCCUUCUCAUUGCUGGCCAUGAUGAGAAUGGACCCAGCUUAUACUAUACAGAUCCCUCGGGCACUUUCUGGCAGUGCAAUGCAAAAGCCAUUGGGUCGGGCUCUGAAGGUGCCGAUAGCUCUUUGCAGGAACAGUUUAACAAGGAUCUGACUCUUAAAGAAGCUGAAACCAUUGCCCUUUCUAUCCUGAAGCAAGUUAUGGAGGAGAAGGUUACAGCAAACAAUGUUGACAUUGCCAAGGUGUCACCAACGUACCAUCUCUACUCACCUUCUGAAGUCGAGGCUGUCAUCAACCGCCUGUGAGAGGAGAAAAGCCCAUCAGUUUCUUUUUUUGUUUCAAAUCCAGGUCUCCAAUGAUUAUCCACAUUUUGCUUUGUAUUUCUAGGUUUGAACCCAAUUUGUACUGGUGGUGCUUGGGACAUUGAAAUUGUAAACGAUUGCUGUGUGGUUUGACUUUUUCCCGGAAUUGAAUUAAUUGAAAACCUUCAAGUUAAAGUUCCUGUUAUUCUUCUUUGGAAGAAUGUGCUAUAUGAUGAUUUAGAGCAUUUUCCAAAAUAUGGACUUGCUAUAGUUGUGGUGGCUUGUGAAGUUUGUGAUUCAUUAUGUUUGUCAUGUUUUGGUGGGGAU